CACUGCGGCAGCCGGGCCGCAGGUGCCGCCCAUAACACACGGUGUCCCGCCUAAGCCGAAACGCGUCUGCCGUCGGUCGGUGAGUGUGUGCGCUUCGUCGGUCCGCGUGUGUCUGUCUGGUCGAGCACACUCUCCCUCUGCGGCCAUGACUCCGCCGCCACCCCAGCCACCGCCCUCAGGCCCGAACCCCGCCGCAGACUCCGCUGCCGACCCCCGUCCCGGGCCUGGACCCCUGGUCGUACUGUUCGGGGCCACGGCGGGUGCGCUGGGGCAGGACCUGGGCUCCGACGAGACCGACUUAAUCCUCCUAGUCUGGCAAGUGGUGGAGCCGCGGAGCCGCCAGGUGGGGACAUUGCAUAAAUCGCUGGUACGCGCCGAGGCGGCCGCGCUGAGCCCGCAGUGCCGCGAGGCGAGCGGCCUGAGCGCCGACAGCCUGGCGCGGGCCGAGCCGCUGGACAAGGUGCUGCAGCAGUUCUCACAGCUGGUGAGCGGGGAUGUGGCUUUGCUGGGCGGGGGCCCCUACAUGCUCUGCACUGAUGGGCAGCAGCUGCUGCGACAGGUCCUGCACCCUGAGGCCUCCAGGAAGAACCUGGCGCUCCCCGACACCUUCUUCUCCUUCUACGACCUCCGCAGAGAGUUCCACGUGCAGCACCCGAGCACCCACCCUGCCAGGGACCUCACUGUGGCCACCAUGGCACAGGGUAUCUGUGACCUAGCAGGAUUACGGUGGAGGGGCAGCUGUAGGCUGAAUGUCUCUGAGUAUGUGCAUGCUGACUUGGGGCUGGAGACGGAUGCCACAGAGGACGAUUUUGGGGUGUGGGAAGUGAAGACAAUGGUAGCUGUCAUCCUCCACCUGCUUGAUGGACCCAGCGGUCAACUGUUUUCGAAGCCCGAAGUGGUAAAGCAGAAAUAUGAGACAGGGCCUUGCAGCAAGGCCGACGUGGUGGACAGCGAGACUGUGGUUCGGGCUCGUGGCCUGCCCUGGCAGUCGUCAGACCAGGACGUGGCUAGAUUCUUCACAGGGCUUAAUAUUGCCAGGUGGGUACAGCAGCACGGGUGGACCCAGGAGGGCAGGCCUACCCAGGAGGCACUAACGCAGCACUGGCUCCACAGGGGUGGUGUAGCACUGUGCCUCAAUGCCCAGGGCCGCAGAAAUGGUGAGGCCCUCAUCCGUUUUGUGGACAGCGAGCAGCGGGACCUAGCACUGCAGAGACACAAGCACCACAUGGGUGUCCGCUAUAUUGAGGUGGGGCUCUGGGCUUGGGAGCGGAGCAGGGCAGAGCUGAGGCCAGGCAAGCAUGAAACUCAUGGACUGUUCCCACAGGUAUAUAAAGCAACAGGAGAGGAGUUUGUAAAGAUCGCAGGGGGCACUUCACUAGAGGUGGCUCGUUUCCUGUCACGGGAAGACCAAGUGAUCCUGCGGCUGCGGGGACUGCCCUUCUCGGCUGGGCCAGCAGAUGUGCUAGGCUUCCUGGGGCCAGAGUGCCCAGUGACUGGGGGUGCCGAUGGGCUGCUCUUUGUGCGCCACCCUGACGGCCGGCCCACUGGUGAUGCCUUUGCCCUCUUCGCCUGUGAGGAGCUGGCACAGGCUGCAUUACGCAGGCAUAAGGGCACGCUGGGUAAGCGAUACAUUGAACUCUUCCGGAGCACUGCAGCCGAGGUGCAGCAGGUCCUGAACCGCUAUGCCUCCAGCCCACUCCUUCCCACACUGACUGCUCCACUGCUGCCUAUCCCCUUCCCACUGGCAGCUGGGACCGGGAGAGACUGUGUACGCCUUCGAGGCCUGCCCUACACAGCCACCAUCGAAGACAUCCUAAGCUUUCUGGGGGAGGCAGCGGCUGACAUUCGGCCCCAUGGUGUGCACAUGGUACUCAACCAGCAGGGCCGGCCGUCGGGUGAUGCCUUCAUCCAGAUGACAUCAGCAGAGCGGGCCCUAGCUGCUGCUCAGCGUUGCCAUAAGAAAGCAAUGAAGGAACGCUAUGUGGAGGUGGUCCCCUGCUCCACAGAGGAGAUGAGCCAUGUCCUGAUGGGGGGCACCUUGGGCCGCAGUGGCAUGUCCCCUCCACCCUGCAAGCUGCCCUGCCUCUCACCGCCCACCUACGCCACCUUCCAGGCCACCCCAACACUCAUUCCCACUGAGACAGCAGCUCUGUAUCCCUCUUCAGCACUGCUCCCAGCCGCCAGGGUGCCCGCUGCCCCCACCCCGGUUGCCUACUACCCAGGGCCAGCCACUCAACUCUACAUGAACUACACAGCUUACUACCCCAGCCCCCCAGUCUCCCCCACCACUGUGGGCUACCUCACCACGCCCCCUGCUGCCCUGGCCUCUGCUCCCACCUCAGUGUUGUCCCAGCCAGGAGCCCUGGUCCGUAUGCAGGGUGUCCCAUACACAGCUGGUAUGAAGGAUCUGCUCAGCAUCUUCCAGGCCUACCAGCUAGCCCCUGAUGACUACACCAGUCUGAUGCCUGUUGGUGACCCACCUCGCACUGUGCUACAGGCCCCCAAAGAAUGGGUGUGUUUGUAGGUGAGGGAGCCAGGAGGUAAGAGCUGGCUGAUGUCCUCAGCUAACAGGACUCUCCUGCAUCCAGAGAACCAGCGCCCUCAACCUGGUUGGUAGCUUCUUUCUGGCUUGUCAAAGUUCUCAGAAAGCCCCCAGAGGAGCUCAAGCCCCAGCUCCAUCCCCCCUACUUAUUACUCUGCGUGUUCAUCCCAAAGAUGAUGGCUGGACCCUGAAUGCAGGGCUGGGGGUGGAAUGUCACCACCCUGCUCCCAGUGGUCUGAUCUGGGCCUCUUAAGUAGCAGAGAGCCUUUGUUCUGUUUUGGCUAUGGUCCAUGCCUACAGAUUCCAUAGGGCUGAUGUCCAUAGCAGGCUUGCUUUCUUUUUAAAAAAUGUAAACCCUGGUGCCUUCAGCGUAUGACUCCAGGGGACUUCUGAGUAAAGAUCCCAAUGUUCUACCUUCCCCUGUCCCUUCUGGUGGGGGGCAGGGGGGCAGAGAGCGCUGGCCCCAGUCCCCAGGAUACUGACCUCCGUGGUCACAUUGCACCAGGGGUGGUCCCACCUAAGGAUGCUAGCCCCCCUCUAGCUUGACACAAAGAAUAGAUGGCAGAUGGCAAAAAUCACAGGCUUGUUUUGAUGGACUGCAUUGCAAUAUCCUCAGAGGACAAUAGGGGGCAGGAGGCCCUCACACAAAAACUCAGGCUUGACUUUUAAAGGGACUUCUGCCUACUUUUCAUGCACACCUUGGGCAGGUCAGUUGUCCUGAACUCAGCAGACACCUUGGAAUGUCCUUUGCACCCAUUAGAGGGUGCUGAACUGAAGCUUCGGAAGGAAUUUGGAACUCUACCCUCUCCUCCGUAAAAUAAACAAAGGUUCCCAACCAAGUGGACUUUUUAAAAGCCAAAGUGCCCUUCACUUUGGCACAGAGUGAGGGGCUCCACACCAGCCCUAUGCAGAGGAACACUCAGGCAGAUUUCAAGGAGACUGUUGACCUGUCACCGUUUAUUAUUUCAGCACUGUAACUGAGGAGCCUGAAUUGCUGGCUCUUCUUCCCUUUGUAUUUGUGUAAGGAGCGCUGUACUCCUAUAAAAGGUUUUAAAAUACAAAA